GGGGGGGGUCGUAUCGAACUGCUGAGCAGGCGGAGCCGCUGUGCCUGGCCACAUAUAUAAGGCACUUCCCCGGAGGCGCUGCGGCUGAGACAGUGCGGUGGCGGCAGGAUAGCCCGGUUCCGCCUUAAGGAGGGGUGGUCGCCUGGGCCCUGCAGAAAUGAGUGACAUGGAUUCGUACAAGGUGGUACUGGAGGGGCCACCACCAUGGGGAUUCCGGCUGCAGGGUGGCAAGGACUUCAACAUGCCAUUAUCCAUUUCUCGGCUUACUCCUGGGGGCAAGGCAGCCCAGGAAGGUGUGGGAGCAGGCGACUGGGUGCUAAGCAUUGAUGGGGAGAACACUAGCACCUUGACUCACAUUGAAGCGCAGAACAAGAUCCGUGCUUGUGGGGAUAAGCUUGCCCUCAGCCUGAGCAGAGUCCAAAACCUCCUAGGCAAACCUCAGAAGGUGCAGAACCCUGAAAAAGUUAAUGCUCAGCCCCCUGAGGUGAAGGCUCCACCCCAAACCAAUCCUGCUCCUGAUUAUGGUGACUACUACCUGGAGGACAAGCACUCUCUCCGGCUGGUGAGCCUGCCAGCCUUCCUCCCCAAUGACUCCAGCAAAAAGAGACUUAUUGAGGACACAGAAGACUGGCGACCACGGACUGGCACCACCCAGUCCCGUUCUUUCCGCAUUCUGGCCCAUCUCACAGGCACAGAAUUCAUGCAAGACCCGGAUGAGGAGCAUAUUAGGAAAGCCAGCCAGGUCUCCAUACCGGAUCUGUCUUCUGCACCAGCCUUGAAAGUGGAGCCUGAAUAUGGCUCUCCUGUUCCGAAGACUGCACCUGUUUCUGGCCCUGCCAGUCGCCCACCCUGGGCUGUGGAUCCUUCCUUUGCUGAGCGCUAUGCCCCAGAUAAAACCAGCACAGUUCUGAGCAAGCACAGCCAGCCGGCCACUCCAACACCUAUGCAGAACCGCAACUCCAUUGUCCAAGCUGCGCAGCAACCACCUGAGAGCGCCAGCAAAACGCCCAUUUGCUAUCAGUGCAACAAGAUCAUCAGGGGGCGUUACCUGGUGGCACUGGGACGCUACUACCAUCCAGAGGAGUUUACCUGCUCGCAGUGCAGGAAGGUGCUGGAUGAGGGUGGCUUUUUUGAAGAGAAAGGCUCCAUCUUCUGCCCCAAGUGUUAUGACAUGCGCUAUGCCCCAAACUGUGCCAAGUGCAAGAAGAAGAUCACAGGGGAAAUUAUGCAUGCACUGAAGAUGACCUGGCAUGUUCAGUGUUUUGUUUGUGCUGCCUGCAAAACACCAAUCCGCAAUCGAGCCUUCUACAUGGAAGAAGGACAGCCGUACUGUGAGAGAGAUUAUGAGAAGAUGUUUGGAACCAAAUGUCGCGGCUGUGACUUCAAGAUAGAUGCUGGUGACCGCUUUCUAGAGGCGCUGGGAUUCAGCUGGCAUGACACUUGCUUCGUCUGUGCGAUCUGCCAGAUCAACUUGGAAGGAAAGACGUUCUACUCCAAAAAGGAUAAGCCUCUGUGCAAGAGUCAUGCUUUCUCCCAUGUCUGAAGAGAGGGGAAAGGGGGAGGGGGGUCCUGAUUGCUCAAGCUGUUGCCUAGACUCUGUAUUUCUUUUUCACCAGUCUUGUCUGUAGAACUGGGCCCAGAUUCCCUCACGUGACAAUCAUUCCCUGUUGGAGGUAGAAUGCUCAGGGUUCCCUCUGGGAAAAUUCAGCUGCAUGGAUUCAGACAAUUUCUUUUUAAUACAUUUUUAUUCUGCACAAGCAUCAGGCAGUAGACACUACCCAUUCCAGCCUGGGCAACCUUAGUGUCCUUAGCCUGUAGGACUUGCCUACACCUUUGUUACUUAUGUAGUUUCAGCCAAAGAGGCAAUGGAAUAUUGCUGUAUGGCUGAAGGACUGCUGGUGUUAGUACUGUUGCAAAGUAGGCAUCACUUGAGGUCCUUCUGUUCUGUCUGGGCUCAUUCACACAUUACAGAUGGACUGACUGUGGUGUCGGAUGUUCCAUGCUGGGAACUUAAUUCCUGGGUUCUGGGGUCCCUGCUUUUGGAUCAGGAUUAUGAGACCAGAGACUUCAGCCUGUGCCAUUUGCCUAACUUGAAACUGCCCAGGGGAACUGAUUUUUUGCCCCACUGGGGAGGCAUUUAUUUGCUAAUGCCUGCAGAGGUUUUCCCAGAAGGGAAAAUAGCAGCUUCCAUUUUUCAUCAUGGAAGACAGCAUGGGUGUGUGUGUGGAGCUGAUUCCUCCUCUCUCCCGUAUCCCAUAGUCCUGAUCCAAACUAGAUCCUCACAUUGGAAUUUACUUUCUAGCCUGUAACUCUGUGAAUAUUUCUGAUACCUUAUGAUGGCCACCAGGAAUUUAUAGCUGGUGAAUUGGCCCUCAGAUGUGUGAUAGGAAGUAUUUGCAUACCCUUUUGGGAAGCAGCUCUUCCCAAAGCUUGACUCUGGAUGGUGCUUAUUCUCUUUGCUCCCUGCUUGCUUUGCAAUGAAAGUACCACAUUCUCCUCCUUUUGUCUUUUCUCCCAAAGGAAGGAAAUACAUAAGAGAAUUAUCCAGGCUCCUUUUGUCAUGCCUACCCUUUGGCCACAUUUGACACAUAAAAGCAGAGGAUGACUCCCAGCCAUAGUGAAAUUGCUUUCCCCAGAGCCAAGAUCAAAAAAAGUUUUUCUCCCUCCCCACCCAAAAAGCUUACCACAUAUUUAAAAACAGUAUUAGCAGAGGAGACCCUGUCUCCAGGGGAUGGUGCUGUAAACUGCAGCCCAAAAAGUUUUAAGAACAUUAAGAUGCCAUUGGAGAAGAGGUGUUGCAGGAUCUAGCCUCUUAUCCAUACCAGCACUAGUUGCUUCUCUUGCAUCAUGAAAUAAAUAUUCACUUCCCAGUACAUGGUGCUGCAUCAGCUUGUAGCUCACAGCCCUGGGCUGGAUGUGGCCCUGAAGCCUUCUUACCAAAGAGUUAUUACUGUUUUGUUUGUGUUGUUAAGACUGUCUCCCAGGACAUUACUGUCCAGCUGGGUGUCUGUCAUUCUUUGCCACUUCAGUGGUGGCUUUAGUGCCUAAUAAAUAUGCUUUUUGAGUCUU